UCGUAAAUUGUUGGUUGCUGACACUGUUGGGCAAUUUUAAUUCGUUCUUAUUUGCAGAAAUUUGUCCAAACUGCGAACAUUUUUUUUCGAGGAUGGGAGACAAAGGAUUUUCAGCGCUGUGGCCGACCUUCUGCUUUGCUUCGUUUAUUGUUACGCUGCACCUCGUUAAUGGAGACCUGAGUUAUUCUAUUCCAGAAGAGAUGAAGCGCGAGUCUGUUAUUGGAAAUAUAGCCAAAGAUCUCGGUCUGGAUCUGAGGACCUUAUCUUCCCGAAAGGCCCGUGUUGACUCUGAGGGCACUCGCAAGCGCUACUGUGAUAUUAAUCUGAGUACUGGAGAUUUGGUAACAUCGGAGAAAAUGGACAGAGAAAGCCUUUGUGGCAAGAAACCCUCGUGUGUUGUGAAAGUGGAUAUGUUGUUGGAAAAUCCUCUGGAGCUUCAUCGAGUAAGUGUUCAUAUUCAUGAUGUAAACGACAACUCGCCAAAAUUCAGAGAAAAUGAAGUUGAAAUGGAAAUAAGUGAGUCAGCUGAAAAGGGUUACCGCUUUUCUAUCGAGGAGGCCCAUGACGCAGAUAUAGGUCAAAAUGCUGUUCAGAGAUACAGUUUACAAAAAAAUGAUAACUUUAUUCUCGCUGUCGACAGUAACAAGGUUGAACUCGUACUGGAGAAUAAACUUGAUCGAGAAAAGCAAAAUGAUAUUAAUUUGCUCCUCACGGCUUUAGAUGGAGGCUCUCCUCAGAGAUCAGGUACUGUAGUCAUACACGUCACUGUGCUGGAUGCUAACGAUAACGCCCCAGUGUUUAGCCAGGCCGUCUAUAAAGCCAGUCUGCCUGAAAACUCUCCUCCAGAUACCAUAGUGAUUAAUGUUAGUGCUACUGAUGCAGACGAAGGAUUGAAUGGAGAUGUGACAUAUCAAUUAAGUCACGUGUCUGACGAUGAUAUUAAUAUAUUCUCUAUUGACUCUAAUACUGGAGAAAUUAGAGUUACUGGUGUAAUUGACUAUGAAGAAAUUUGCGCUUUUGAAAUGAGUGUUCAAGCUAAAGAUGGUUUAGGUCUAACCUCUUACACCAAAGUUAUAAUAGAUGUUACUGAUAUGAAUGAUAAUGCUCCAGUGAUAUACCUGAAAUCCCUGACUAACCCUAUACCCGAAAACGUGUCACCUGGUGCAGAAGUGGGCAUCAUAAACGUGCAGGAUAGAGACUCUGAGAAUAACAGACAGGUCAGCUGCUUAAUUCAGCAAAAUGUCCCUUUUAAGUUGGUUCCUUCUAUUAAAAACUAUUAUUCUCUGGUGACCACAGGACACCUGGACCGUGAACUAGUGUCUGAUUACAACAUUACAAUCACUGCCACUGACGAGGGCUCUCCCCCUCUGUCCUCCUCUAAAACUGUUCAGUUAUCUGUAGCAGACAUCAACGACAACCCACCUGUGUUUGAGGAGCAGUCCUACAGCGCAUAUGUGACUGAAAACAACAAACCUGGCUCCACUUUAUGUUCUGUUACGGCUCGAGACCCCGACUGGAGACAAAACGGUACCGUGAUUUAUUCUCUGUUACCCGGUGAGGUGAACGGUGCCCCGGUGUCCUCCUAUCUGUCUGUUAACGGAGACACGGGGGUGAUCCACUCUGUGAGGUCGUUUGAUUAUGAACAGUUCAGGAGUUUUAAAGUCCACGUGAUGGCCAGAGACAACGGUUCUCCUCCGCUCAGCAGCAACGUGACUGUCAGUGUGUUCAUAUCGGAUGUGAAUGACAACUCUCCUCAGAUACUGUACCCCGCCCCUCAGGGCAACUCGUUCAUGACCGAGCUGGUCCCCAAAGCUGCACACGGAGGCUCUCUGGUGUCCAAAGUGAUCGCGGUGGACGCGGACUCCGGACAGAACGCCUGGCUGUCCUAUCAUAUAGUCAAAUCCACUGAUCCAGGACUUUUCACUAUUGGUCUCCACAGCGGAGAGAUCAGGACACAGCGGGACAUUUCUGAGUCUGACAGCAUGAAACAGAACCUUAUUGUGGCAGUGAAAGAUAACGGACAGCCCUCUCUCUCUGCCACCUGCUCCAUGUAUUUACUUAUCUCUGAUAACUUGGCUGAGGUGCCAGAACUGAAGGAUAUUUCUUACGAUGAGAAGAACUCCAAACUGACCUCUUAUCUCAUCAUUGCGCUGGUUUCUGUGUCCACCUUUUUCCUCACCUUCAUUAUCAUCAUCCUGGGUGUGAGGUUUUGUCGCAGGAGAAAGCCCAGACUGUUGUUUGAUGGAGCAGUUGCCAUUCCCAGCGCGUAUCUCCCUCCUAAUUACGCAGAUGUUGACGGCACAGGGACUUUACGCAGCGCUUACAAUUAUGACGCCUACCUGACAACAGGUUCUAGAACCAGUGACUUUAAGUUCGUGUCUUCUUACAAUGACAACACACUGCCUGCUGACCAGACUCUGAGGAAAAGCCCUUCAGACUUUGCUGAAGUGUUUGGAGAUUGUGAUUCUUCUCCUGAGGUAGGAGCCUUCCUGUGUAUUUGUCAUAGUUGA